UCUUUACCACGUCAAAAAUGUUUAAUUUUCAUCAGUGAACUGACUACCGGCAAUACUGAAAAUCUGUGAACACGUAUUUGUUACACUCCACAAUGUGUGUUUGAGUGUACCUGCGGACUGCUGUGAAAGCCUACUGACAUUAUGCCAACCGCAAAGAGAAAUAAACAGAAGCAGGGGAGGGACACCGCAGUACAGGGAACCAACGACAGCAGUGUGGUGAGCAAAGUGUCUGCUGCGGCGCAGGGCUACUUCCACGAUGUCUUCCUACAACACUUUGUGUGCAAAGUGGCCAGGAGAGCUCCACUCAUCAACAGGGGCUACUAUGUACGCUGGAGGGCUGUGGACCACUGUGUGCGGAGAUUCCUCCACAUUACUGAAAACUGCCCCAAUAGACAGAUUUUGUCACUGGGCGCAGGUUUCGACUCUCUGUAUUUUCGCCUACGGGCAGAUAAAGCACUUAACAGGGCUGUUGUGUUUGAAGUAGAUUUUCCUGAUGUCAGCCGGCGCAAGGCUGCUCUGAUCAAUUCAAACAGUACACUGAGGGGGAUGUUUGACACCUGUGUAUCUUCCCUUACAGGACCUGUAUAUGUAUCUAGUGGACAGUACCGUCUACUGGGGUUGGAUGUUAGAGAACAGACCCAGGUAGAAGAGGCUCUGGGUGGGGCUGGGCUCAACUGGGCUGCCCCUACACUAAUUCUGUCUGAAGUGGUGCUAACAUACAUGGAAACACGAUGGUCUGAUGCUGUCAUUAGCUGGGUGGCCACGGUCUUGCCGCAGUCACUCUUUGUUGUGUAUGAGCAGAUACACCCACAUGAUCCCUUUGGUCUGAUCAUGCAAGACCAUUUUCUGAAACUAAACUCAACUCUACACGCCCUCCGACAGUACCCAGACACUGCUGCACAGAGACACAGGUUCCUGGACAAGGGCUGGGAGCAGUGUGUGUGUCUGGAUAUGAAUGUCUUCUACCUCGGGCUGGUCCCUGAGGAAGAGAGGGGCAGAGUGGAGAGUCUGGAGCCUUUUGAUGAGUAUGAGGAGUGGCACCAGAAAUGUUCCCACUACUUCAUUCUCACUGCAUCUCGAGGCUCUUUGAUGGCACAGGCUUUACUCCCGCAUGCUCCAGUAUCUCCAUUGACAUCCAUUUGCCCAUCAUGGAGCCUCAUAGCCCUGAGUGUACAGAUCAUACCAGUUCGUAUGGAAGGGCUGGGGAUGGCCACCUCCUUGCUCAGCCCUGGGCAGGUCCUGCUAACAGGAGGCUCUAGCAGAGGAGGCAGGGGGGCAGUGCCCAGGAUCCUCCUCAGGAAUCAAGAAGGCUGGAGAUCUGUUAGUGUGGAACCAUCAGUAGAUUUGGGUGUUCGACUCUACCACACAGCUACCUCUCUGCCUGGAGGAGGUCUUGUGGUGUACGGCGGUCGCUCCUCUCCACUCAAUCCAAUCAGAGGCCUUUACAAACUAACCCUGGACCCCAGUGGUCCAUCUGGUCCUCGUGACUCAGAAGACCAAGACACAGUGAAACUUUGUGUAGAGGAGAUGGUCUGUACAGGCGAUCCACCACCAGCAAGAUGGAGGCACACUGCUACUGUUGUCAGUCACAAAGGCAAAGACUUUCUAUUUGUGUUUGGUGGGAAGAACCAAGCAGAGGCCGUUCUGGGUGACGGCUACUUCCUGUCUAUAGACCAGCAGCACUGGACUGAGAUGCCAGUAGAGGGUGCAAUUCCAGAGGCCCGUCAUUGCCACUCGGCAUGCUCAUACCAGGGAGGUGUGGUGGUGUUUGGAGGACUAGACAGAAGAGGAGUGCCACUUGGGGAUACAUUGGUGUUAAAGCCAAAUGAGAGAGGCUUCUCCUGGGAAACAAUAGAGUUGCAGCCGUCUCCUGUUCCCAGGUACUCUCAUUCUGCCCAUGUGUUUGGUGACAAGCUGGUUGUAGUUGGUGGAGUUUGGCUGCAUUCAGAUGGUGUACCAGGUGGUGCCAUUAUCAACCUUACCACACACAGCAGUGUGGAGUUCAGUCUGAACACGACUCCUGUGCCCUGGCCUCUGAUGCUCCACUCAUUCUGCUCAGAACUUAUGAACCCAGAGGAACCAGAGCUGCUCCUGAUAGGUGGAGGAGGAAACUGUUUUUCCUUUGGCACUCAUUUGAACCAUCAGCCUGUCAGUGUGAACCUCAGACCUGUGCUGGAAUGAAGUAGCCUAAAGUGAAACUGAAGAAACUGUUAAGAGGCUCAAAACAAAGACUCCACCUGAGGAGGUUCUGUGAUCCAAACUCUAACCAUCAGACAUUUCAGUCAGGAUCAGAUGGUUAAACUUGGAUUAUCUGGAACAGUUUUUUUAAUAGAGUUAACAUCAGGCCUGUUGAAAGCUCCAGACAAGUGUCAUGUUUUUUUUUUGUUUUUUUUUUUAUCCCUGAGGUGUGGAUGUUUACUGCACCUAUGAAGGGGCACAACAGGUUCAAACAACAUUAAACAACUCAUGUAUGGAAAACCCAAAGACA